AUGACCAACUUUUCUUUGGUUGGCUCCAUAUUCGAGCGAAAGCCUACCUCGAGCCCUUCCAUCAAACCUGCAACUACUUCUACUGCGGGGUUUCCUCCGGUACAACAUCGCUCCCAGAGCGCUUUUGCACGCGCUCGCGGACAAGCCCCGAAGCGAGCACGCGAGGUCCCAGUGGUACAGCCAUCCGAACCAGCAUCCUUGGGCCGUUCGGUCAAGACAAGGCGUCAAGAUGCGGAUGAAGCAGACGACUGGCGCGCCCAGGCGGAAGAAGAGAACAGUCGCAGAGUGGCCGCGAUGACGGAGGAAGAAAGGGAAGAGGCGCGUGCGGAAGUGCUGAGGAUGAUGGGCUCCGAUGCGGGCGACAUCCUCCGUAGAAUGAAGGAAAAACAGGCGAGUACCCAACCGUCCGCUUCAAGUUUCCCCCCUCGCACCAGGCUCGACGAGCAGAAGAGCCUUCUCACGAGCGUGCUGCGUCCGUCGUCACCCCCUCCAACCUUUGCAAACAGCACCCGCCCACCCAGCCGCGCAGAUCGCAAGAUCCGUUUUGCGGACGUAACACCCGGAGACAUCCAUGUCUACGAAUCUGCCCCACCAUCGCCUCGGAAAAAGGCCUUCGCGCUCCCGGCUCCCACCCCCAAUGACGGCCCUACCGUAUCCAUUGGCACCUGGAAGCCUUCAGUACGACCUCGGAACGACCCUCUCACUCUCGCUCCACCUCCACAUGCGCCCGACGACGCGGCUCAUGCCGAAGAAGGCACGCCCGAAGACAUCCGCAGACGGUUCUUCCCAUCGGCGCCCGCGAAUGAACCGUCCCUCGAGUGGAUCCAAGCCGAUCCUACGGAAGACGAAGACGAGUCUGCAACCCCCACCGUCCGCUUCGACCUCACCGGCACCCCGAUCCCUGCAAAGCUUUCAUCGUCUCUCCCCACUCACCUGGGCCUCCACCAUCAUGCCGAAGGUUCUCAUGCCGGGUACACCCUCGAAGACAUCUUCCUCCUGUCGCGAUCGACAGUCCCGGCACAACGCGCGAACAUGCUGGGCGUUCUCGCGAAGAUCGCACACAAGCUCGCGCGCACCGCUACGAAUCCGAAACAGGGCCUUCCAGAGCUUGCCGGCCAAGAGCUCAAACUGCGCAAGCGCAUGCUCGCUGCCGGAGCCGAGGCGAUGGGUGAGCGUGCCGGAGUUGGAGCUCAUGCGGUCGAGCUUCUCUGGGAGUGUACGGCACAAUGGGACGAGGGGGUCAUGGAAUUCGACGGGGUAGAGCUCAAGGACGCGGACAAAGGCGGCGCGCUGUCGUCGAUUCCUCUGGACUUUGUGCUCCCCCAGAUUGCAACCACCCUCUCCGUCGCAGACCUCCCCCAAGAGAGCCUGGCUCAGCUGCUCGCGGUGCUUCACCGGCUCGCACUGCACUCGACCGCAAACGCUACGGCCAUCGUCACGGCCAAGGGUCUCGUCGCGAGCGUGUUCCAACGUUUCCUCGUCACCCCGAUACCGCCAACGGAAGAAACGUCCCUCCCUGAACCCCGCGCUCUCCAUCUUGUCCGCCUGCUCGUAUCGUCGUCUCGCGAGAAUGCGCAGGCCCUCAUAGACCCGACCGAUUCUCUCCUGCGAUACAUCAUCACCCUCCCGCCCGACUCGCCAUUCCCUCUCCCUCUUGCCACCGACCUGCUUACAGAAACGCUCAACCUUUACGCCGCCCUCGCAUCAUACGGCCUCUACUCCCACGUUACGACGACAGCACAGGAGUACUUCGUCCGCCUCAGUGCCUACGUCCGCUCGUCGCGAUAUCAAUCACGGCAGCUGCAGGGAGCGUGGCUGCGGGCCCUGUCGGCGUGGAUGGUCUGUGCUCGCGAUCCGCACAGAACGACGCCCGAUCACGACAUCCUCUGGAGCCAAGUCGUGGGUUGGGGGUGGGCAGAAGAUGUUUUGGACCUGCGCCUGCAACUCGCCGAAACGGACGUAUCAAUUUGGGCGGAGUCGUGGGUCGCGCUCGGGGCAUUCCUGGAAGGCGCCAAGGUGAAUGGUGAGAGGAGUGGAGAAGACGAGCAGACGAAGAUUGUUGCGGCCAUCAAGGACGGCUUCGCAGGAGGACAAGAGAAGCGCGUCGUCGAAGCUGCUCUCCGAGGUGCUCGCGAGUCCUCUACGAAGCUGGUCUCAGGCGUUUGCCAGGGCAUCCUCCCUACGGACGUCCCAGCGCUGCACGAUCUUGGACGACAUGCGUACGUCCUUGCGGCCGCGAUCCGGCUGUUCCUCGCGUGUCUGCCGAGCGCGACGAGCCAAGGCUCCGGAUCUCCUCCCUUUAUACUCCCCUUCGCAGACAUUUCGACUUUCUGCGCAACUCUUACCACACACCCUCUCUGGUCGUCGCUGUUCACCGUGGAGUCGGUCAUCUAUGGGCAUGUCCUCUGUCGCCCAUUGUCGUCCCUUCUGUCGUGCUACCUCCGGCUUUCAAGAAGGACUCCGGGCACAUCCACCGACCUAUGGAUGGCACAAGCAUUCGCGAUCCUCGGCCGCCUGUUCCCAGGAGACGAAGCCUUCGCGCGGAGUACCGUCAACGACAUCGCGGCGGAGAUCUCGCCCGAUUUCUUCGGCUCUCGUGGUUGGCCGGUCCCGAAGGAGGUGUGGGAGAAGGGAGGCAUGAGCGUCAUCAUGCCUUUCCUCAUCCAGACCCUUAUCCCGUCGUCAGAGACCACAGUCGGGCCAAUGUGGCCGACACCCCAAUCGCUCUCGAUGGCCGCGACGCAACGCUUGCCGCCGCUUUCGACACUUCUCCCCACAGAACGGCGCGUCGACCCCCUACCUCUGGCCAAUGACUGGCUGUUCUGCCCGCUAAAUCACCUUCUGAGAUCGGGAGAGUCUGAGGUGUUCAAGAACCUCCCGAAAGACUGGGACGCGUCCGAGGCCGAGCUCGUCCGCGCCGCGCUCCUCUUCGUGCGAACUUCUCAAGAGGUGCUGCACCUGCACGGCCUGUCGAGCAUGCUCAUGAGUCGCGAAGAGACCGUGUUCGGCUGCAUGAAGAUCUUCAUGCUCGAGCACGGCCAAGGCGCAGACGCGUCCGUCGCCCCGCCCCCCGACGCCUCCUCCGCCUCCGACGAGGUCUUCCGCGACCCCGUCGUCGACACCCUCGCCACCGCGCUCCUCGCGCCCUUCGCCGCCGCCGCCCACCCGCGCGCGCUCAAGACCCCGCCCCCCUCGCUCCACGCGCCGACGCUCGACGACGUCGCGCGCCGCUUCCUCGGCGCGGGCACGCCCUUCUACCAGUGGUACACCGACUUCGCCGCGCUCUACGACGCCGUCUCCUUCGCGCACCCGCUCUUCGCGCGCCUCCUCCUCCCCCCGCUCGCGAUCGCCCGCUACCCCGCCGACUUCCGCCGCUGCCUGUGGGGCGACCACGGGCACGCGCUGCGCGCGGUGCGCACCGCGCCCGCGGACGUCGUCGCCGCCAGCCUCGCGGAGUACCUCUGGCCGGUCGAGGGCGACCCGGAGGUCGUGGGCGCGUACGUCCGUGCGCUCGUGAAGGGCCCGCUCGAGGGGUUCGUCAGGCUCGUCGCCGUGCACCACGUCGCGUGCAGGAUCUGGGCCGACCUCGGGGCGCUGUCGGAGGCUGGUAGUAGCGGCGACGGCGGCGGGGCGGAGGAGCGGGCGAAGAAGCUGCUAAAGGCGGUCCUGGGCCAGGGCGGGCUCGAGGCCGUGCGGGACGUGGUGCUGUAUCGGCAGAACAGGGAGGGUACGCUGCUGCUCCCGCCUGCGUGCUUCGAACAACAGGGCGCGUGGAAAACGAGGAGGCUGGAGUUUGCCGGGAAGUGCGGAGAUGGCGCGCGCGAGCGGCUCGAAGGGCUGUUGGCUGUUUAG